AUGUUACACAGUACUUUGCCCCGGGCAUUUCUGGCUCCUGGGUUAAAUUAUUUCGGUUAUUACGGUGAGGAAGUUCAUCAUCCUUAUGGUGCACCACCACCACAAACGAGCUGGCACAUACCAACGGACAACGCAACUAAUGGUAGUACGUACGCUAGAAUUUCUGAACAACAACAACAACAUCAGACCGUAUUACGAGGUUGGGAAUCAUCGAGACCAUCAACACCAUGCCCAUUGGAUUUGUCCCUAAAAGCACCGCCGGUGGUUACACCCAACACACCUAGGACCACCACCACCACCACCACCACCAGCAACCAGGAGGAUGCUGCCAUCGAGGUUGACGACGAAGAAGACAGGAGGAUUCGCGAGGAAGCUCAAAGACGUGCGGAAAAUCGAAGAUAUCGAACUGAUAACGAAAACAUUGUUGAUUCACCACUUUUGAUUGAUGAAAUUGAAAUCGAAUCGCAACAACGUAGUUCGUCGGUUCACAGUCAACGCAGUUACGACAACAGACAUUUGGGAUCCAAAGAAAAUGGUUUGCACAUUCAAGAAGUAUUCGAUAAGGUUCGAUUUUCCGAUGAGACGACAACACGAUUGCCACCACCUUAUCCGAACAAUGAUGCUAUACAAAAGUAUCAUCAAUUGCAAAAUCAAAAGUUAUUGUUGAACAGUCCGACACGAUUGCAAUCCAUACAAUCGUAUCAUCAGCAACUACUAUUAACACCUCAACAUCAUUUUCAAAGUAUACACGCACCUAUGACACCACCCAGUACACCAUCACCACCUCAAUGUCCAAGAAGGAAGACCAGAGAUGAAGACGUUUCAUCGCCAUCCAGUUCUUCAAUGAUAAACGUCAACGUUACACCACGACAAAACGUAUCAACUGACAAACCUAUACCUAGACCAAAGAAGAAACACGCGAGGAGACUGAAAUUCGACGAGGAUACCAGCAGUCCCGUUUCCGGUACGGUAAUAUUAGGACCUGACGAAGCAGUGGUUACCGGUGACAUUGAUCCGGCUUUUAACAUCGUCGAAGUCACCGAAGAGGCGCGUGCCGAAUUGGCUAAGAUCGAAAAUCGUCUUGGACCAUAUCAGUGUAAGCUUUGUAGACAAUUGCAUGAGGAUGCAUUUCAAUUGGCACAACACAGGUGUUCAAGAAUAGCUCACGUUGAAUACAAGUGUCCUGAGUGCGACAAGAGGUUUUCUUGUCCUGCUAAUCUUGCUUCCCAUCGCCGUUGGCACAAACCGAGAUUACCAAAUGGAGAAUCGAUUAACGGUGGUUCCAAUUCAUCAACCCCUGGUACUAACACCACCACUACAACCACCACUACGACAACUGAAAUACCUUGCACCAGAUGUGACGCCAAAUUCAGUCGACAAGCUGCUUUGAGAAAACACAUUGCCAAUCAACAUUCGGAAAAUGUUCUUAACGCCAACAUCAACAGCAAUAGCAAUAGUAGCACUAAUAGCACUAAUAGCAGCAACAAUACUAAUAAUAAUAAUAAUGUGAAAAAUAUCACGUUAGAUGAUCCGGAAACUCCAUCCAAAUUGGAUAAUAGUCAGCUCGGUAUACAAAGUCUUUCGAGCAACGUGAUGCCCUGA